AAUCGAGUUGUAAGGAGCAAGUAACUCGAACUAAAAUGAUGUGCAAUCAUAAUGGCAACAAACAACUUGUCAACAAAUCAAGAAUUAAUAGCUAAACCCUCAUUACCUCAAUAUGUUUUCACAGAAAAGCUGGGAAGCGGAACAUACGCUACUGUCUUCAAAGCGUAUAGAAAGUGUGGUGAGCGGGAAGUUGUUGCGGUUAAAUGUGUUCUUAAAAGUAGUUUGAAUAAAGCUUCAACAGAAAACUUGCUGACUGAAAUUGAACUUUUGAAAGCUUUGAAACAUGAACACAUUGUCAUACUUAAAGAUUUUCAGUGGGAUACAAAUUACAUUUAUUUAAUUAUGGAAUACUGCAGUGGAGGUGAUCUUUCAAGAUUUAUCAGAAGUAAAAGAGCAUUACCAGAACAUAUGGUCAAAAGAUUUCUGCAACAAAUAGCUUCAGCAAUGAAAUUUCUAUGGGAUAACAAUGUGGCACACAUGGAUUUGAAACCUCAAAAUAUCUUGCUCACAUCAGAAAGCAGUCCACAAAUUAAAUUAGCAGACUUUGGUUUUGCAAAAAAUUUGUAUGAUGGAGACAGAGUUUAUGUGAUGCGAGGUUCUCCUCUGUACAUGGCACCCGAAAUUAUAUGUAGAGGUGUCUAUGACAACAGAGUUGAUCUGUGGUCUAUUGGGGUAAUAUUAUAUGAAUGUCUUUUUGGGAAAGCACCCUUUGCAUCAAAAAGUUUUAAAGAGCUCGGAGAAAAAAUAUGGGAUCAAAAGCCUAUUGAGAUUCCUCCAGGGUUUAAUAUAUCUGACAAUGCUAGGGAUCUCAUUCUAAGACUACUACAGAGAGUACCAGCAAGAAGAAUUACAUUUGAAGAGUUUUUUGCUCACCCAUUUGUUGACAUGGAACACAUUCCGUCAAAAGAUUCUCUACCAAAAGCUAUUGCUUUAAUAGAUAGAGCUGUCAAAAAAGACGAAGAAGGAGACUAUAAAGCUGCUGUAAAACUUUAUUGUGAGGCUCUCGACUUCUUUAUGCCAGCUAUACACUAUGAGAAAAGUUUAGAAAAGAAGAAAGCUCUACGAUCGAAGGUGAAGGAGUAUAUGGACCGUGCAGAAACUUUGAAACAGUUUAUGAAAAAAGAACUUCAGAAUCCUUCAACAUCACCAAAGCCUAGAGCCAACAGCUUACCAAAAACACCUGCUGGUUCAUCAUCGCCAACAGCUCCCAGUUUGACAAAUCAAGACAGUUCACCAGUAGCUAAUAAAUGUGAUUCAUCCCCUAAAACUUUAUUGGAUAGAUCUACUUCCUGUGAUAUUUCAGAACUUAAGUCACUGUGUUCAGAUUCACAAGAACUUAGUGCAAUACUGAAACUUGUCAGUGCAGCAGAGUUUGAGGAACAAAAAGAAGAUUUUGAAAAUUGUCUGCAUCACUAUGAGCUAGCACUAGGUGGCUUGUUGAAACUAUUGCCAGGUGAACCCAAGGGUAGAAGAAAAGAACUUCUCAACUCACAGGCCACUAAAUGGAUGGAAAAAGCAGAAAAGAUUAAGUCUUAUUUGGAUGUCAGAAAUUUAAAUACCCAAGACACAUCAGCUCAAGAAGAAUUGGCUGAAACAAGUUACUUUAGUCAGCUAUCAGUGUUUCCUUGAAACUGGCAAUGAGUUCAUUAAGAACAUUAUUUCCAUUAGGUUUAGAUGUAAGUAAAUUUUUCACUGUCUGCAUGUGGAUUGUUAAAAGAGAACUUUAAUUGCCACCCACCCACUGUAGACAAUGGCAUUGUCUAGUUGGAUUUGCCAAAAUAGUUAGGUCACAGCAGGUUCUGUGACCUACUUUGCUCUUUCUUAAUCUUUAGACUUGAAGAUAGGCCUUUAUUAAAUAAAUGUAGCCAAGCUUGGACCUUUUAUAAAUAAUUUUAAAAUUUGCAAUAGCCAUGGUAAAAAUCUUUUUUUAACAAUAUAUCUUAUCCAGGACAUCACAAAAACAUUUCAAUAUUUGAUACAUUACCAUUUACCUGUAUUAAAAUUGAUUCAAUACAUUUUAUUAACAAAUCAAUUAAUUUUUCUAAAGCAAGUUCAAAAGUUACAGUGUGUGCAAGAAUUCAGUAGCAAUUGGUCAAUAUACUAAUAACUAGUGCAAGAAGAAUUCAAUAGCCAUUGGUCAAUAUACUAAUAACUAAUUAUUCUUGUUCAAUAAUUCCAUUUUGUUUUUUUUUUUUUUUUGUAUUUUUGUGGCUAUUGCUGCAUACAAAAUCAUCUGUUUAAGAUGUGCAAAAUUGGCAUGCUUUUUUUUUGUUCCUGUGUUUGCAAAGAAUGUUAACCAUCUUUCCAAAAAAUACAUAUUUAAGUGCAUCAACUUAGCAAAGUAAUAAACAUUUUUUUUUUAAGAGGUGCUCAUAUGUAUCACACAUUUUGCACAGGCUCUUGGCUGCAGUUGAUAAUGUCUACCUAAAAUUAAGUCUAAAAGUAGUAUUUCUUCACUAUGUUAAACUUACUUUGAAAAAAAAAGACUUAUAGGUACUAAUAGUAAAAGCUUAAUUUAAAUCUAUGUACCAUUUGAAUUUUUUAAGUAUUUUCUUUUUGGACUUUACAUUUUUCAAGUUGUUUUUUUUUUUCAAAUCUAGAAUUUCUUAACCUGGCUUUACUUUAAACUAAAAAAAAAACACAGCUAUGAGAGUUUUUCUUUCCAUAGUAAAGGAUAUUGACUGAUAGACAUUCUCACAUGACUCAAGUUUACUGGAAGAUCAUCAUCCCACUUCUUUCAGUUGUAUGUCUAUGUCUUGUUCAUAAAAGUUUUUUUUUUGUUCCCUCUCUGUUUAUGUAUGUUUAACUAAGUCUGACCCCUGGAUGAUCUCUAAAUGUUGUCGCUCUUUUCUGUUGCUCAAGCUGCUGGUGUUGAAUGUAUAUGUUGUUGUUGUUUUUUCAAAUAACAUGUUGAUGUUACAAAAUCUUCAGAUGAUUCCUAUUUACCAUUACAGUGUCAUACUUUUUACUUUUUCAUAUAUAUAUAUAUAUAUAUAUAUAUAUAUAUAUAUAUAUAUAUAUAUAUAUAUAUAUAUAUAUAUAUAUAUAUUACACUAAAGUAUAAUUGUUAGAAGAAGAAUAACAUUAGUGUGGAAAGAAGAGAAUUAGUUAAUGGCAGUCUGGGAUGCUGUUAAAAAUAUUAUUUUAUUUUCAAUGUGUUCAUGUAAAACUCGUCAUCUUAAUAAAUGAAUGAAAAGCUCUGGAUUGUUAGUGACGUUUGUCAAUGUAAAUCUUUAACAAUAAGAAUAAUAGCCCAAAUUUAUAAAGACUUUUUGAAUUUCUAUGAAGGUUAAAGGUUAGUUUUAAAUGAUGAAACAAAAAGACAAUAGUCUUUUUAAACUGUGCAUUCCUUCAAAGCCUUUUAUUUUACAAGCUGUAUUAACUAUUUACAUUUUACAAUGAGGAAUAUAAAGGGAAGUCAAAGAAGAGCUUUUGUGUAUGUUUUCUUGAAAGAGUUUUAGCUUAACAGUAAUUCAAGCUUUUUAAAAUAUGAAUUGGUGAUCAGGUUAUGAAACCAAAAGUGCCACUAUGUUCCUUGAGCAUCGCUAGUGAUGACACUCUUUUAUAAAACCAGACUGGGCACUGUUAGCAUAUGUAUGCAUUAAGAAGUAUAUUUCAACAAUGGUGUAUGCUUGUUGUA